CCAAUUAGAUGUUUGAAAUUCUCAUUCUGUCUAGCAUGUUCCUCUGAGCCUUUUAUAGACAGAAAAAAAUAGCAUUUAUGGAAUGUACAUGUGGUACCGAUUGGUUACAGGUUGGAUUUACGGAUGUAAGUGCUUAGGCUGCGAAACUGCUCUACAUGACAGGUAACCUUGUUACCCAUUAUACUGUGAGCAUUGGAUUACACGUAAGGCUGGCAUUGUUCCAGUGUCAAGGUAUUCCCGGUGAUUAUAUUUGAAACCCAAUGAACUAAAAAGUUGAAAUUUUUGUUUUCUUUGCAAGCCCAAAAACCGAUAAACGGGAGAGUAAGUGGAAGAGAGUUGGCCGGAUAAUUGACUUAGAGAUGCUAUUGGUUGGAAGGCUGCAUCAACCUUGUUUAACCUGAGGUUGAUGUGAAAAAAAGAAGCAGCCUCAGUGUUUUGUGCCAAAAUGAACAUAAAUAAAAAUGACGACCAAGGUGGGCUGGCUGUAAGAAAUAAAUAUUUUUUACAACAUAAUGACUUGGUUUUUUUUGUUGUUGUUAGUUUGUAUUUUUCUAAAUGUAGUGAAAACCUGACUCCUAUUACAAUAUCGGGGGUUACUCUAAAGAAGUCUGUAAACUCAUAAAUUCAGUGGUCUCCAGUGACUUCAAGGUUGGAGCUGGCUCCGUAUCCUGUCAGAGUGGCAGUUCAGCGGUUGCCCACAGCCACUUUGUAUCUCCUAAUAAUAGACCAGUCUAAAUCCUCUUAAGUUCAAACCACAUAAGUUGCUUUCCCCAAGUGCCGUCUUUGCAAAAACGUGCAAAGCCGUGUGGGACAAGGCGGUGAGAACGUUCAAGAUGUGGGAGCUUGAUGGGCUCUCUUGUGCCUAGAUUUUCCAGAUGGGUGAAUUUAAGUGUUCUUAGUUUAACAGCUGUUUCCCAGUACACCUCAGGAUUUAUCCACCCAUGGGUGACCUGGCAGGUCUGGUCAGCUUGGUGGCCAACACAGCCUACCUGAGAGCUCUGGAGUCCGAUAGCAACGAGCUAAGAAUGCGCCGAGAGUCUCUGACGCUGCCCACGCCAAAGAAGUUCUCUGUUCCUCGGGCAGCACUGGAGAAGACCUAUGAGUCACUUUGUGAGCAGCAGCCUAUAGGAAGGAAAUUGUUUCAGCAGUUUCUCCUGACCUGUGACCCUCAGUGUGUGGCUGUUGCUGAGUUUCUGGAGGAGCUGAACAACUGGAGUGCUGCCGAGGACGGAACCAAAGAAAAGGCCAAACAGAGGAUACUGUCAAAGUUUUGUCAGCCUCAGUCUCAGACUUUCCUCUCCUUUCUCACAGCAGAGGAUGUCAAGGCGUGCCUGUCUCUUUUUGACAAAAACGACAAGGCAGCCGUGGAGCAGAUGAGAGAAGCAACUAGAAAAUUUCUAAAAGGAAAACCUUUCCUGGAGUACAUGAGAAGCCCCUUCUAUUACCGAUUCCUGCAGUGGAAGGAGUGCGAAAGGCAGAAGAUUACUGACAGAUAUUUUUACGAGUUCAGGAGUUUGGGCAGAGGUGGCUUUGGCGAGGUGUGUGCAGUCCAGGUGAAGCACACAGGCCAGAUGUACGCCUGCAAGAAGCUGGACAAGAAUCGUCUGAAGAAGAAAGGAGGAGAGAGGCUGGCCCUUAUGGAGAAGCAGAUCCUGGAGAAGGUCAACAGCGCCUUCAUUGUGAACCUGGCCUACGCUUACCAAAGCAAAACCCACCUGUGUCUGGUCAUGACCCUAAUGUCUGGAGGAGACCUCAGGUUCCACAUCUAUGAGUUAGGCAAGAGAGGCAUCCGCAUGGAGCGUGUUGUUUACUACGCAGCCCAGAUUGUUGCCGGUAUCCUCCACCUGCACUCUAUGGACAUCGUGUAUCGAGAUCUGAAGCCUGAGAACGUUCUACUGGAUGCGAAGGGCCAGUGCCGACUGUCAGACCUGGGACUGGCUGUGGAGUUGCCAAAAGGAAAAAUGACUUGCCAGAGGGCUGGUACGACCGGCUACAUGGCUCCAGAGAUCCUGAAGCAGGAGUACUACCGCACGUCUGUGGACUGGUGGGCUCUGGGCUGCAGCAUUUAUGAGAUGGUGUCCGGUCGUUUGCCUUUUAAAGACUUCAGGGAAAAGGUGCAGAACAGUGAGGUGACUCGUCGAACUCUGGAGGAUGAUUGCAAGUUUGAAGACAAAAGCUUUGAUGGUCCAACCAAAGAUAUCAUCAACCACUUUCUCAAGAAGAAGGUUCUGUUUCGCCUUGGGUGCCGUAGAGAUGACGACCCAAGGACUCACACGUUUUUCAAGAAUAUCAAUUUCCACCGUCUGGAGGCAGGGCUGGUGGAGCCCCCCUGGGUGCCAAAACCGAAUGUGGUCUACUCCAAAGACUCUGAAGACUUUAGGGACAACUCUGAGAUCAAGGAUGUCAAGUUUGAUGCUAAGGACGAGAAAUUCUUCAAGGAGUUCAGCACUGGCGCGGUCUCUGUCCGCUGGCAGAGGGAAAUAAUCGACAGUGGAGUAUUUGACGAAUUGAAUAAUCCGGAAGUGAACGGACAUGGCCAAGAGAACGUGUGGACGUCUAGGAUGUGCAACAUUUUGUGAGAUUCUGGAUUUCUUUACUUGAAAAAAUUGUUAAAUUCACUCAUUGUUAGCGUUACGUGUUAAAUUAAGCUGCUCAGAGACAUUUUAGGCACUUGCCUUUUUUUCUUCAAAUCAAUGCAUUUCUUUUCUAUUGUACUGUUAGAAAGCUUAAUAUGACAAAAAGUCUGGUAGUAAUGAUGCCAGGGUCAAAUAUAACAAAACAUUAUUCACAAAAGUUAAGUAAAACAAAAGGGCUCAGCUGCUUCAAACUUUGUCCUUCUAUUCCUGGUUAGACAGUCCGUCCCAGUGGAUUCAUAGUUUCCAUUACAUCAUGCAUCCUUUUCAGCAGGCAAUUGUUCGCAUAUGUUUGUAAACAAGCUGGGUAAUGGUUGCAUGUCACUGACAAAUUGCUGGGUUAUGAUAACGUAUUUGCUGGUAAAUCUUCUAAUUCUUAUAAUCAACAAUGUGCCAAAAACCGAUAGGGCCUUUUGGUUGUGACAAGGCAAAGUCAUGCACAGUGUGAUUGAUGUGAAUCCUCUCAAUGACAGAUUUUCACCACUAAGUGUCGCCAAACACCAACAAAGUGCAUAAAGCCUCAUCAUCGCCUCUCAGCAACAAAAUUAGCUUGGCUGUGUUGGUCUGGUAUUUAUGAGGAUGUAGUCAUUUUUAAUAAUGAAUCCAGACACAAAGAAACUUUGUCCACACACUUUGUUUUUCCGCCUAGAAAUAAAAGGCAAUUAAAAGUGCCAAUCUCCUAUUAGUGGAGAAUGUUUUAUUUAGCCUUCAUGGUUACUAAGUAGAUACAUAAUUUCCCCUUGUCCAAGAAAGCUUCUUUAUUCAUUAUGUGAUUGAUAUAACACAUUUAGUAAACAGUUUUAAUAGCUUAUCCUGUGUUUGGUACACUUUUCAAUCUGUCAGCUUUGAAAAAUUGCUUUGCACUAAGUUAAGUAAGCUACAAUUUUAGCAAGCAAAUUUAAACUCCUUAUGCCAGGUAAAAAUUCAAAAUGUUACCCACAUGUUUAGAAAUCUGUUAAAAUAAACUGCUAGCUAACAAUGCUUACUCUUUCUUACCAUUAAACCGUUGACCACAACAUAUAAAUAUUAAACAUUAUUUUGUAGAUUGUAAUUUAAAGCAUUAUUUGUUUGUUGGUGAAUAUAACAAAUUUCACCCUUAAAUUUUUUCCAACAAUUCCUUAAAAAAAGUUACAUUAUUAAAUCAGCAAGACAGCACUGUCACUGUGUGGCCCUCAUGUAAAAAUGUAAACUCUGUAUCGAUAUUUUGAUAGUUAGCUAUUUUAAAUAGUACGGAAGAGGAUUAGGGCCGCCAAAAAAAAAGAAGAAUUCUGAGUUUAAACGUCAGA